AUGAGGACUCUUAGGGGCAACGAUAAGGGCAGAUGGGGGGCAAACCAUCGACCUGGAAUCGGCGACACAUCGUCGAUAGAUCGGCGAUGGGCCCCCGAUAGUGAAGCCGCACCUUUCUGGACAGGUCGGCGCUGUCGGGCCCCUAUCGGCGGUGAGAGAGCGAUGCGUGGGCGAUUGGGGGUCGAUGCAUCCCCCCUAUGCCUAUCCCCCCCCAUAUCGUUACCCCCGAGGCACUUGUCCUUCACCCCGAGGAGUUCGAGGAGGUCAACGGCAGUCUCCACAAGCAGUGCGCAUGCCAACAUGAAGGUCAUCCUGACCUCUGACCUAUUCAGCACGGGGAAGACGAGGCCAAUCAUGAAGGAGGUGUUGUCUGGCAUGCUGGGGCACAGGCGUGGCCUCAAGGCCUUAUGGAUCCAUGAUGCACGCGCCGGCUGGGGCCACCUAGAUAUGACCCAGGUGUGGCUGAUGGACACGCUUCAAGAGGUGAAAGAAUUUGGCAGAUGUGGCCUUGACACAAGCAUGGGUUUAUGGCUCGACCGUUGGGGCGACGGGGGGAACCUCACGCUCACGGAGAACAUCCGAUGGGCCUUGCUUCCAGGCCAGGGCUACAAGCCCGUGAGCGUCGAGACAGUGAAAGCUCGGUUAGACGAGGCAAGUGUUCUCUAUGUUCCAGGGGGGAACCCGUUCACCUUCAUGAAGAACAUCCGGAGUCCCAUGGGCCGUCAAGUUUGGGAGCACGCGUUGGGGCGCAUCCUCUCUGGUGAUCUGGUCUACAUCGCCCGCAGCGCUGGUACCAUCCUCGCGGGGUACAGAACCGACACAUCUGCAGACCCACGGCCCAGCACCUGGAACAGCGACGAGGACCUUGCGGGACUGAAUCUCGUUCCCUGGAAGAUCGCCAUCCGCCCACACUACCACGCGUUUUACGUCAUGGUGCAAACGGCUCACUCGCGAGAGUGGCGUGCUCAGCACCCCUGUUGUAGUGGUUGGAGCCAGGACGAUUUCUUAGAGUCGUUGGCCGAGAAUCAUCCAGAUGUCCAUGGUAUACGCAUGGGAGACGGCGACUUUAUGACGUUUUAUGCGAACCGGCUCUCGUUCAUGCACGGAGACACCAAGGUCCAGGACACCGUCGACGAUCUUUCUGAGCUUUUCACGCGUAACGACAAUCCUGUAGCAGAUGCCGAAUUGCCCGACGGGCACACCUACGCCUGUUGCUGUGGGAAGGCCGAUGGUGGCAUGUCCGUCACGUGUGAACUCAGGAGAACAGACAAUCACUGGUUGUUCUGGUCCAGUGCUCGCGACUGUUCUGAUCUUGCGCCCUCUGGCUACUAUUCGUGGCAUGAGGUGCCAGAAGCGUGGUCCGACCUUGAAAACGCGGGCAGCUGCGCCGUCCCCACGUCUAAGAUCGACCAUCUCAUCCUCCAGUCGGAUGACGCUUGA